AUGGCAUCAGAGUCAUUGAGAUCGUCGAAAGACGAUCUUCAUGAUCGCAGUCAGCCUGAGCCGUAUACCGCUCAGCGAGACGAUACGCCACAUGCUGUCCGAGCCGCUCACACGGCCGCGGCCCGCUCCUCGUGGUUUCCACUGGGUUACAAGGAAGGCUUCAGUCAAUGGUGGGCUAGUAUGCCAGCUGCCGCGGCAGAACACACAGUCCUUUCAUUCUUGCCCUAUCUCCAGCACGAACCCCCUACCCAUCUGCAGACUGGUAAGACCAGCAACCGGACCGAUGGCGUAGCGCAGAGUCUCCAGUCCGCCGAUACGAGUCAGCAAGGCGAGGUGGCGACUAAUUCUCUCGACGAUCCGUACGGACCGCGCCGUUGGCGAUCGAGCAUGGUUGAACUGAGCGGCAAGAAUAGGGCUCUCAACGAGUUCUCCGUGGAAAGAAUCGGCGAGGAGGCUGAUCAGCACCUGGUCAUGCUGCACGGAUACGGUGCGGGACUGGGUUUCUUCUACAAGAACUUCGAACCUCUGAGUCGACUGAAAGGCUGGCAGCUACACGCCUUGGACAUGCUGGGUAUGGGCCGUAGUACUCGCCCACCGUUCCGUAUCAAGGCGAAGAACCGAGAGGACGCCAUCAAGGAAGCAGAGGAUUGGUUUGUUGAUGCGCUGGAAGAAUGGCGCGUGAAACGCAAAAUUGAGCGCUUUACGUUACUUGGUCACAGCUUGGGAGGCUAUAUGGGGGUUGCUUAUGCCCUCAAAUACCCAGGCCGCUUGAACAAGCUCAUUCUGGCUUCUCCCGUCGGAAUACCGGAGGAUCCGUAUGCUGUCACAGCCGAUAUGCCCGAGGCGUCCGAUUCCACUUUGGCCAACGAGUUCACCCAGGAUCAGCAAACCAUCGCAGAGACAUCAUCGUCCGUCCCUCCCGAAAUAGCGCAGAAAGGUGACAACAACGUUCUCCUCAGAGGAUACGGCAAUGCGGCGACAGCUACGCAAGAAGCUCGUGCACCCCGUCGCACUCUUCCCAAAUGGUUCGCGUAUCUCUGGGAUGCCAACAUCUCUCCCUUCAGUCUAGUCCGGUGGGCUGGGCCCCUGGGACCCCGCAUUGUGUCCGGCUGGACCUCACGACGCUUCUCCCAUCUGCCAACCGAAGAAGCAAAAGCAUUGCAUGACUACUCAUACUCGAUUUUCAGCCAACGCGGCAGUGGAGAAUAUGCUCUCGCCUACAUCCUUGCUCCGGGAGCCUUCGCUCGCAGCCCCCUGAUCCGGCGCAUCCAGAACGUCGGACGGCAGAUGAUCCAGCCCUCGUCGGGCGGCUGGGAACCCGCCAAAGUCACAGACGCCUCUUCUGUGCAAUCGCCAUCUGCUUCUGGCCCAGCAGAGCCUACAUCUGGUGCCCAGGCUUCUUUGCCGCCGAUCAAGCGCGAGACAGGUAUCCCGGUGGUCUUCAUGUACGGCGACCACGACUGGAUGGAUGCAGCGGGUGGUCUGGCAGCGAAAGCCAAGAUUGAGGAGGAGAAACAACGUGUGCUCCAGAACGCUACGCCAGAAGAGCGCGAGGCCGACAACGGCUCGGCCAAGGUGGUGAUCAUUAAGAGAUCGGGACACCAUCUCUACCUUGACGGGUGGCAGGAAUUCAACCAAGUCGUAUUGGACGAAAUGCAAGAAGUGAGUCAGAGGGAUGGGGCUCGGACGUGA